AGAGGCACAUUUAGCAGCGUUCACCCCGCCCCUUUACACUCACAGCUUCCCGUCAUAUCUACGAAAACUGCGUAGCUUCGAUUGUGGAAAAGGGGGGUUUACAGUGACAGAAUGCCGUAACUGUGUCUGUGAAUCCCGUUGCGCUGCUGUCAGACAGAGACGAGACUUUUAAAUGUCUUCGCGUUGUCAGUCGCGGCGCUGCGUGGCUUUAUUUGGGGACAGGGACGUGAAGGGGUCCGGGUGAGGCCUGAAGAUGAUUAAGGAAGAGGAGGAGGACAAGGAGAGCCGACAGGGAGAGGAACAGCUUCGUCACCGCUAUGAAGAGCUUUGCAGCAGCCUUAACAUGGACGAGAGGGCCCGGGGGGAGGCCUGGGACAGCUACGGCAGGAUAAGCCAGAACUAUACCCUGGAGGGUAAUUCCCUGCACUGGUUGGCAUGUGCAUUAUAUGUGGCAUGCAGGCAGGCUGUACCGACGGUGGGCAGAGGGACAGUGGAGGGGAACUAUGUGUCGUUGACCAGAAUCCUGAGCUCUUCAGAGUUGAGUCUGAUUGAGUUUUUCAACAAAAUGAAGAAGUGGGAGGACAUGGCAAAUCUACCAGAAGAAUUUCGUCAGAGGACAGAGAAGCUGGAACGGAACUUCACGGUCACUGCUGUCUUGUUCCAGAAAUACAAUCCACUCUUUCUAGAAAUCUUCAAGAACCCACAAGAAGAACAGCCACGGCAGCACAGAGGUCGAAAGCAAAGCAACUAUACACAGAAGGCAAGUUUGGGCUUGUCUGUGCAAGAGAGCGUUGCCUCUCAGACCAAUGAGGAGCAGCUUCCUACCGGGACUGCCCUGCCUUUCUUGAUGGGAGUCAGAGUCUGUCUGUCAGCCGCUCGCAGCUGCCGGUGCUUGUUCUUGCUUGCUGGAGGAAACUUUCCAAUGAUCAGUGAUGAUUUGGUGAAUUCAUACCAUCUCUUACUCUGCACUUUGGACCUGGUUUAUGGGAAUGCCCUUCAGUGCGCCAACCGCCGAGAGCUUCUGAACCCCAAUUUCAGUGGCCUUCCUGAAGAUUUCCAAAGUAAAGACUUUAAACCUCCUGCUGAGUCUCCCUGCAUCAUUGAGACCCUCUGUAGCCUCCAUAACGGUUUACUUCUAGAUGCCAAGGGAAUUAAGGAACAUUUCUGGAAGCCGUAUAUCCGGAAGCUCUUCCACAGAAAGGUCCUGAAGGGGAAAUCUGAAGCACUCACAGGAUUUCUGGAUCCAGGGAACUUUGCAGAGUGCUUGAAAUCCAUUAAUAAGGCGUACGAAGGAUAUGUGCUGUCUGCCGGACAUUUGGAUGAGAGAGUCUUCUUCGGGGACGCGGUGGAGGAGAUCGGGAGUAUAGGUCGCUGUCUGAAUUCUGCAGAAACAACUGGGUCUACAGAGAGGGCUCAGCUGACUCAGAAUUUACAGCAACACUUUGAAAUGAUGAAAUCACUUCAGAUUUCCACCCCGCUUACAAGUCUAAAAUACAUACGGGAUAGCAACCCGUACACCACGCCAGUGUCCAGCGCAGCCUACAGCGUGAGCCGGCUUUUUGCCAUCCUAUCUGGAUUGAAACCAUCUCCCAGCGAGAAGCUACUUCAGAUGCUAAGGUCUUGUUCCAGAGAUCCCACUCAAGCAAUUGUGCAGCGGCUGAAGGAUAUGUUUGAGACAUUCUGUGAGCACACUGUUUCUGAAGGAGAAGACAGUCAAUAUUGCAAAGACAUCGCGAGAAAAUAUUUCUGCUUUGCUGAAGUGUUCUAUUACAAGGUCCUAGAAACGAUUAUAAACCAGGAGAAAAAGCGCCUUGGUGAUGCAGACCUUUCUGUCAUUCUGGAACAGGAUGUCUUCCACAGAUCACUGUUAGCUUGCUGUCUGGAGAUUAUCAUAUUUGCCUACAAGCCUUCAGGCAACUUCCCUCAAAUAAUUGUAAUGUUUGACCUGGUGCCUUAUGAUUUUUAUAAGGUGAUUGAGAUCUUCAUAAAGGCAGAGGAUGGUCUUUGUCGGGAGAUGGUAAAACAUCUAAAACAUAUUGAAGAGCAAAUAUUGGAGAGCAUGGCCUGGGAGUUGGAUUCACCCCUAUGGGAAAAGAUUAGAGAAAACGAUGGGAAAAUCCCAUUCUGCAAGGAGGUCAUGCCUCCUCAGCAUUAUGUAAAAUCGCGCUGUAGCAGCUUGACUAGUUCCCCCACGCCUCUCACCCCAAGAAGAGUGAACGAGAUCCGUGCUGAUGCAGCGGGCCUGGCAAGGAGUGUUCCCUCUUCCCCGGUUACUCUGAGUGAACGAUACAGCUCCCCCGCCGCUGGUACUACACGAAGACGCCUCUUUAUUGAUACAGACAGCCCGUCUGAUGCUGCAAGUACACCUCAAGCUUCCCAGAGCGUUACUCCAGCUGAGCCUGCUAGUGCUCCUCCGGUUCCAGGGCAGACCUUGGUAACGAUGGCUACUGCCACUGUGACAGCCAAUAAUGGCCAAACGGUCACCAUCCCUGUGCAAGGCAUUGCCAAUGAGAGUGGAGGGAUAACAUUCUUCCCCGUACAAGUGAAUGUCAGCAGCCAGCCUCACAACGUGGCCAGUUCGGUGCAACCCCUCACCGCUCAGGCUCUUGCAGGACCAGUGACGCCUCAGCCGAUGCAAAUCACUGCCACACAGGUUCCAUCAUCCCCAAGUCGGCAGAACCUGGCCAGCGCUAAGCUGAAGAAGGCCAACUCCUUUUCUCUAUUCUGCAGAAAGGUUUACACUUUAGCCAGUGUCCGUCUCCAAGAUCUCUGCCAGAAGCUGGAUAUUUCUGAUGAUCUCCGAGAUAAAAUCUGGACUUGCUUAGAGUACAGCCUGGUUCAUUACCCUGACAUGAUGAAGGAUCGACACCUAGACCAGCUCUUGAUGUGUGCGGUGUAUGUGAUGGCCAAGAUCACAAAAGAAAAUAUAUCAUUCCACAGCAUCAUGGGCUUCUAUCGUACUCAACCCCAUGCAAGGAGUGAUGUAUACCGAAGUGUCCUCUUAAAGAGAUGCAGGCGGCAGUCUGGCAGUAACCCUAAUGCCCAAGAGACUUCCCCGCUAGAGAGCCGUGAGCCCAGUCCAGUGGUGAGGUACAGUAGCACCUUACCAUUGCCGCAGCCCAGCAGCGCUCCUUCCACCCCCACGCAACCGACCGGAGCCAUCAGCGACCUGGAGGCAGAUGAAAGGGGGCACCUUGUUCAGUUCUACAAUAGCAUUUACAUUGAGAAGAUGGAAAGCUUUGCAAAGAAGUAUUCUAAGGCUAAUAUGAACGAGACUACUCCACUCUCGCCCUUCCCUUCAAUAAAAGCUCUGUCCCCGCGACGUGUACAGCUGUCUCUUAGUCAUCCUAUAUACAUCUCCCCUCACAAUGUUGAAGCCUCGUCCAUGACAUCUGGGGAAAAGAUCUGCUACUACUUUAACCUCAGCCCAGCAAAGAGGUUACAAGACAUUAACAGCAUGGUCCGGACAGGAGAGACUCCCACUAAGAAAAGAGGAAUUAUCCUAGAAGAAGGAAGCGAGUCUCCGGCCAAGCGGAUGUGCCCUGAAAACCACACUGCCCUCCUGAGAAGACUGCGGGAUGUGGCUAAUGACAGAGGGAGCCUCUGAGUCCCUUAAAAAUAUGCAUUUCAUGUAUCAUAAUAAUGUAAAUAGUAUUGCAACCAUUCUGAAACGUGACCGGACCUUGGUCACCUACUGAUUUUGUAUAUUGAUUUUCUUAACUGCCCAAUGGUUUGGCAAACAACAAGAAUUAGCUUAAUCCCUAAA